AUGGAGGGAGACAGCAUCAGUGAAGCGCGUGGACUUCCAGGUCUCACCUCACAACGUGGAAGACAAGUAACGCUGACUGAAGAAGGGAGACAGUUCCAGAUCGACAUCAAGCAAAAGAAGUACCAGAAGGAUCUGAAGGAGUUGAAGAAGGGUGUCGAUAUCAUCAAGAGGCUGGAAGUGACAGGUGAAGAGGAGAAUGAGACGCUCAAAGAAGCAUACAUCCAGUGGAAGAGAACAUACAUCGAUCUGGUCCAGACUUCCAGUGAGCUGCAAGGUCUUCUCUCUGAAGUUGAUUUGCAGCAACACCUGUCAAGACACCAAGAUGUGAUGCCUGAACUCAACACAAUGAAGGCCGAGAUGGAAAAGAAACUGGAGCCUACUCACAAAACACAAGAAGUUCAGCCAUCAGUCGCAUCAUCAAGGUGUUCUGUCCGAUCGAAGAUCAGCCUUCUGCGACUUGAAGACGCCCAGAGAAGAGCGGAGCUAGAAGCCAGAGCAGCUGCCGCAAAGAAGCGACUGCAAAUGGAGCGUCAGAAACAAGAGCUGCAGUGGAAGAUGCAGGAACUGGAGCUGGAUACUGAGCGUGAGAUCCUGAAGGCGAAGCAAGGGGCUCUACUGAAGUUUGAAGAGGAGGAAGGAAUGUGCGCACCCGGGAUUCCCAUCCAUAGGAGCAAAGAAGAAGAAGACGCGAUGCGUGCAUCAGAGCUUCCCGUACCGAAGAGCAAGCUUGAAAAACAAGAAGCCUCAAGCAAGAUAGCUGUGCCCGAUCAAGCAAAGGCGUGCAAGGAGUCUGAGACAUCCAACGAUCCGAGCCCUUCGACUGCGGCCGACGUUCUCUCCAGCUUGGUGAGCGUCCUGAAGGACCAGAACAAGCAGAGCCACCUCCCGCUCAUCGAACCAGGCGUGUUCUCGGGGAGCAUCGACAAGUUCCCGCUCUGGUUGAAGGCCUUCGAGACGUACGUCGAGCACCGAACGUCAAGUCCAGUGGAGCGCCUGCACUUCCUCAGCAGAUAUACGGAAGGAGAUGCUCACAGCGCCAUCGCCGGAUUCCUGCACCUGAGGACAAGUGACGCCUACGUGAAGGCCAAGGAGAAGCUCGUCGCUCGAUAUGGGAACGACUUCCUCAUAGCCAGCAGCUACCUGAAGCGCCUGAGGGAGUGGUCGGCAGUGAAGUCCGGGGACAGUAAAGGACUCCAACGAUUGGCAGACUUCUUGGAGCACUGUCACAUGGCGUCUUCGGCCAUCCCAGGUAUGAGAGCGCUGGAUGAUCCGCACACGAUCCAGAUGGUACUGAAGAAGCUCCCUGUCUAUAUCGCGGACAGGUGGAAGCGCCUCGUCGACUCCAGCGUCUACGGACCGACGCCGCACUACCCAAGCUUCGCUGACUUCGUUCAGCUCGUCUCUACGGAGGGGCGUAUCGCCUGUGGUCCGGUGAGCAGCGGCGCGCAGUCUGAAGAGAGCCCACCUGCAAGGAACAUCCGUGGCAAGGCGCAUGCGUUCACAUCAAGUCACGAGAAGUGUGAAGCGUGUGGGCACCAAAGCGAGGAGCAACGGGCCACCCAGCAAGUCACGACCGCACGAGCAGUACGCCGCCCGUGUGUCAUCUGUACCGAACCCCACGACGUGCACACAUGCAAGAAGUUCAUGGCCUUGCGCCUUGACGAGCGCAAAGAAGAGGUCAUGAAGAAGAGGCUAUGCAGAGGGUGCCUGAAGCCAGGACACAUUUGGCGUGACUGUCGAAGAAGAGAUAAGUGCGACAAGUGCCAGAUGUCGCACCCAACGCUGCUGCACGAUGACAAGCUCAUGAAGACGACAGCGAGCGCAGGCAGUCACGACAAGACAAGUAGCGGCAAGCAGCAUGGCGGCGACACACAGGUGAAGGCAUCUUCUCUGCGAUCUACCGCUCAGAGCACCGGGGAUGUCGGAGUGUCCAAUUGCCACACUAUGAUAGUUCCCGUGAAGCUGUAUCACGAAAAUCAACCGGAGCAGCCCAUCAUCACCUACGCUCUGCUGGACCCGCAAUCGGACGCAAGUUUCGUGACGGAGGCCCUCUGCGACGUCCUCCAGCCAGAGAGUACAGAAGUGGAGCUUCAGCUAAGCACAUUGAACGGACGCAAAAUCGUCAGGUGCUCGUCGGUGUCCGGACUAGUUGUGGAGAGCUCGGAAGGGGGACCGGCAGUGGACCUCCCUACGCUCUACUCACGUCACGAGAUCCCAGCAGACCGAGAGCUGAUACCCCGACGGGAAACGUGCCUCAAGUGGCCGCACCUUCGUCAGGUGGCAGAGAAGAUGCCGGAAUACCACGCAGAGGCAGAGAUAGGACUCCUUCUGGGAGUCAACUGUCCGCGCAUCAUCAAGCCCAGAGAAGUUAUUCCCGGCGAAGAGGACGAUCCGUGGGCCGUGCGUACGCUUCUCGGAUGGGGCAUCGUGGGAUGUGUCAGCGAGGGUGAGCCGACGGGAUGCUUCUACGUCGGCACAGGUCAGGGAAAGAAGAUGUGCCACUUCGCAUACCGGACUCGGGUGAAGGAUGUCAGCUUACGGCAGGUCCAACAGGUCUUCGACAGCGGCUUCUUCGACCAGAGACAAGAGAAGACAGUGUCGCAAGAAGAUCAGCAGUUCAUCAAGAUGAUGACCAGCGGCAUGCACCAAGUGGAAGGAGGCCACUACGAAGCGCCUCUUCCGAUGAAGGACGAGAAGACAAUGCCAGACAAUAGGGAUCUCGCGGUCGCCAGACUGUCUCAGCUCAAGAGGAGGCUCCUUCGAGACGAGAAGCUGCGCGACGAGUACACAGCUUUCAUGAGCGAUCUUCUCUUGAAGGGAUACGCUGAGCCGGUUCCGGACGACGGACAGAUGGAAACGGGCAUGAUCAACUAUGUGCCACAUCACGGAGUCUACCACGAGAAGAAGGGCAAGUUGAGAGUCGUGUUCGACUGCAGCGCGAUGUGCAAGAACGACUGCCUGAAUAGCCACCUCCUCCAGGGCCCAGACGUCAACAACGACCUCACUGGCAUCUUGGUGCGGUUCAGAGAGGCCCCCGUGGCAUUCAGUGGCGACAUCGAGGGCAUGUUCCACCAAGUGCGCGUCAACCCAGAGCAUCGUGACCUUCUCCGGUUUCUCUGGUGGGACAACGGAGACCUCAACGAACAGCCUCGAGAGUACCGCAUGUGCACUCACCUCUUCGGAGCCACCAGUUCUCCAGCGGUCGCUUUGUUUGCUCUGAAGAAGACGGCCGCCACGUACGGAGAGGAGUUCUCGCCCGAGGCCGCGUCCUUUGUGGAGCGGAACUUCUACAUCGACGAUGGAGUGGCUUCAACGAAGACUACGGAAGAGGCGGUGCAACUGAUACAAGACGCGGCUGGUCUCUGCCUGAAGGGGGGUUUCAAACUCCACAAGUUUACCUCGAACGACAGGGACGUCUUGAAGACACUACCUGUGUACAGCUUGUCCAAGAGCUGUCAAGCUGCGCUGGACGAGGAGCUGCCUCUCCCGCGUGAACGCGUCCUGGGACUGAACUGGGACAUGGAUGACGACACGCUCUGCAUCGACGUGACCCUGCCCUGCAAGCCGGCAACCAGAAGGGGCAUAUUGUCAUCCGUGAGUACGAUCUACGAUCCUCUCGGGCUCAUCUCUCCGUGCAUUCUUGUGGCCAAGAACAUCCUGAAACGGUUGUGCGUGAACAAGUACAGCUGGGACGACUUGAUUCCGGAGGACAUGGAGCGAGAAUGGCGUCUCUGGAAAGAAGACAUAGAGCGCCUGUCCACAUUGAAGAUCCCACGCUGCUACGUCACGACGGAACUCGGUGAAGUUGAGAGAUAUGAGGUCCACCACUUCUCGGACGCGAGCUACGAUGGAUGUGGGCAGUGCUCGUACCUCAGGACCAUCUACAAGAACGACAAGAUCACCAGCAUGUUGAUAAUGUCAAAGGCCAGAGUCACGCCUGUCAGAGCCGUGACGAUCCCGCGACUGGAGCUGGUGGGCGCCCUGAUGUCGGCGAAGGUGAGCUCUUUCCUCAGGAACGAGCUGGCGAUUGGCGACUACCAGGAGUACUACUGGACUGACAGCCGUGCCGUGCUCGGCUACAUACGGAACGAGACGAAGAGGUUCCACGUCUUCGUCGCCAACAGGGUCGAAGACAUCAGGCAGCUCUCGGAACCGUCACAGUGGCGCUACAUCGAUUCGAAGAGUAACCCAGCGGAUCUUGCGUCCCGGGGAGCAAGCGCCAGUGAGCUGCUGACCAGCAGUCUGUGGUGGCAUGGCCCAUCCCUACUAACAGCGAGCAUUGAGCUCCCAGCCAUGGAAGAAGAGUUCAACGUACAGAGCGACGACCCUGAAGUGAAGCGAGCUUCCUUCCAAGCCGCCAUCUCGAAGCCACCAGAAGACGAGAAGAAGCUUCCAACCGACGGGCGACAGAGAGACCAGGGCGGCGACACAGAAGAAGAUCGACAAGACGUUGCCGAAUCAGACGAUCAGCGCGAUGAGCGAUCACCGGCAGGACCCGUGCGAGGACGCGACCGACUACAGGGAAAUGAAGACAACACACUCGCGAAGCGCCUGAGCUACUUUUCGAGCUGGCACAGGGCGAAGAAAGCUGUGGCUUCGUGCCGACGCUACACAGCCAUCCUGGCAAGUAAAGCAAGCUCGAACAGAAGUGUGGCCGGCGCCAGAGUCUACACCCCAGUCGAGAGAACGACAGUGGAUGAGCUGCUUCAAGCUGAACAAGUGAUUUUGAAGUCAGUCCAGAAGAGCGCCUUCGAAGAAGAGCUCACAGUGCUGAGGACGCAGCAAGAGAACAGAGACGACGAAGAACAUGCAGACCUGGGAGAGGAAACCAAGAAACGCAGAAGAAAGAGUGACAGAAGGUGUCGGACUGUGAAGCGCAGUAGCCCGCUGUACAAGCUGGAUCCCUUCCUCCGAGCUGACGGGCUAAUCUGCGUCGGAGGACGAAUGAAGAACAGCACUCUGCCGAAGGAAGAGGUCCAUCCAGUGAUACUUCCGAGGAAGAACCACGUGACGGAACUCAUCGUGCGAGAGUGUCACGAAAGGACGUGUCAUGGCGGUCGCGGCUCGACGCUGAACGAGCUCCGCGCCUCUGGGUAUUGGGUGAUUGGUGGCCGUUCCGCAGUGAGCAGUUACAUCUUCGACUGCGUCAAGUGCAAGAGACUCCGCGGAAGUCCGCUGACACAGAAGAUGGCCGACCUGCCACCGGAGAGAACAGAGCCAGCCGAACCCUUCAGCCACUGUGCAGUCGACUGUUUCGGGCCUUUCUACGUGAAAGAGAAAAGAAGUGAGGUCAAGCGCUGGGGAAUACUCUUCAGCUGUCUGGCGUCCCGCUCCAUCCAUCUAGAAUCGGUCAACUCACUCUCUGCCGACUCUUUCCUGAACGCUGUCAGGCGGUUUGCUUGUCGGAGAGGACCCAUUCGCAAGCUGUUCUGUGACAAUGGGACGAAUUUCGUGGGAGGUAAGAACAUGCUGGAGGGGGCGCUGAAGGAGGAGGAUCAUGUCAAGAUCAGAGGAGAGCUGCUCAAGAAGGACUGCGACUGGUUCGAGUUCCGGUUCAACGUUCCGAUGGCAAGUUCCAUGGGAGGGGCUUGGGAGCGUAUGAUCAGGAGCGUGAGGUCGGCGCUGACUCCGCUGAUCAUGGCUCAUGGCCACACACUGGACGACGAGCUGUUCCGGACGUUGCUGACAGAGUGUGAAGCGAUCGUCAACAGCCGUCCGAUCUCGUACUUCAGCGGAGCGCCGGACGAUACUCUCCUCCCCCUGAGCCCGAACCAGAUACUAACACUAAAGAGUAGAGUAGCCGUGCCUUAUCCCGGUAGCUUCUCCCAGACCGACCUGUACGUGCGUCAGCGCUGGAGGCGUGUCCAGUUUCUGGCGGACCAGUUCUGGCGACGAUGGAGGCGUGAGUUCCUGCCGACCCUGCAGGAACGCCACAAGUGGGCGCAACGUCGCCGUAACCUGCAGCCCGGAGACGUCGUGGCCGUCGUCGACGACGACGAGCCGCGCUCACGGUGGCCGCUCGGCCGCAUCGUGUGUGUGUACCCGAGCGCCGAUGGACUGAUCCGCAAAGUGUGCGUACGAAUCGGUUCCAGUGACUACGACCGGCCGGUGAAUCGCCUGAUUCUCCUGCUGCACGACCGGGAAGAUUCCCAGACGGGGAGCCACGAGGUCCAGUGA